UGUAUCCAUCGAGAUUUUUAAUUGUGAUAAUGAAAAAUCUUUAAAUAAUCGAGAGAAUGUUUUUUUAGCUACAGUUUUAAAAAAACGCAGCAAAAAUGAAGUUUUUCCUGGCUAUCGUUGCUCUCGUAGGCUUUGCCAGCAGUUCUGAGGUUGAAGAUCUGGAAGCGUGCAAACUCUUCCUCCAAUGCGCCCACAAAGCUAUGGAUGGUGGAGUCCCAUCUAUUCCAAUUCCCAACCAUAAUCCAUUGCAAAUUCAAGAUGUUAUUUAUGGUAACACAGCAUAUGCAGCAAACGUAACUAAUAAUGUCCUGUACAACUUGACUGAUUUCGCCGUUACACAAUUGAAUGCUACUACCUACGAAAACCCUGGUAGAGUUGCUUACUACUACAACGUUUACUGGCCACAAUUGAACUUUACUGGUGAGUUCGAUAUUGCUAUAUACACCAAGUUUUUCCCUCUACGCUUCCAUGGAACUUACAAUAUUGACAUGCGUGAAAUCAACUGGAGAGGUAUUUUCAACCUUACUAAGCCAGGUCAAGAAGGCGUCAAAGAACAUUUAGAUGACUUUACUCUUAAAUCUAAAGCUAAAAGUGUUAAGGUUACCUUCCAGGGGAUCAACGGUAUCCUAGCUCUCGCACUCGAAACAUCUUUCACGUCGGCAAUAGGGAUUUUAAUGAAUAACUUCCCAGAAGAUGCAGCUGUCUUUUUGAAAGAACAACGUUUUAAUGGUUUUUGGCUCGCCAACCCUGACAAAAUCGAUCAACUCAUUGCAUUCUGCAAUCAAUAGGGAUGAGCACAGAAAAGUGCCAGCACUUGGUAAUUUACUUAUCUCAAAUGACAGUUGUCGAAAAAGUAUUCAUAUAGUUUUCAAUGCUUAGGAAAAAUCCUUUGGUAUGGUGCUUACUUCAACUCUUGUAAAUUACCUAUUUUAAUUCUGGUUAAUUUAUGUUUAAUAAAAUUUUAAAUGUUGUUUUGUAA